CGUCCCAACGGGCGCAGCGACUUCGAAGUUGCGAUAAUAUGCGCGCUCCGUCUCGAAUUCGACGCCGUAUGCCUCCUUAUCGAUAAGCUGUGGGACGAAGACGGUGAUCAGUACGGCAAAGUCGACGGAGACCCGAACAUAUACACGACAGGUCGGAUGGGGAAGUGCAAUGUCGUCCUUGUCCUUCUACCGAACAUGGGAAAAGCGAGCGCCGCCAGCGCAGCUGCAAGUCUUCGAUCGAGCUAUCCGCGAGUGUCGCUGGCCCUUUUGGUGGGCAUUUGCGGGGCGGUCCCAUUCGCAGGACCGGAAAGGGACCCCAUUGUCCUCGGCGACGUGAUUAUAAGCAACCUCGUGGUCCAGUAUGACCUUGGAAGAGCGCUUCCGGAUCGCUUCGUUCGCAAAGACACCGCCCAUAACAGUCUUGGAAGAUCAAACAGGAUCAUUCGCAAGAUCCUGAUCAAGCUCGAUACGGACAUCGACCGCGAACAUAUCGAGAAACGGGCGGGUGACUUCCUCAAAGCUCUUCAGACGAAGAGCGAAGAAAAAGCCAAACGGAAGCGAAGAGGCAGGCAUACCAGCUACAAGUACCCAGGAGCAGCCAACGACCUCCUAUUCCCUGCUCGGUACCGACACAAGCAUGCUUCUGGUUCCGGGUGCAGAACGUGCGAAGACUGUCAUGGCAACGCGGAUCCCGCUUGCGAUGAGUCUCUUACGUUGUCAUGCAAAGAGCUGGAAUGUGAUACGAGCUGCGUGAUACGGAGGGAGCACUUGGAGUCAGCCUCAAACGACCCCAUGGCCGACUCGGAUUCCGAGGGUGUCUUCUUCUUCAUUGGUGCGAUUGGAUCUGGAGACAGCGUUAUUCGGUCUGGCGAGCACCGUGAUCAGAUCGCCAAGCAGGCCGGGGUUAUUGCUUUCGAGAUGGAAGGAGCAGGCGUAUGGGAUGAGGUGCCAUGUAUCGUGAUUAAAGGCGUGUGUGACUAUGCCGAUAGCCACAAAAACAAAGGAUGGCAGAAUUAUGCUGCGGCAACCGCGGCGUCGGUAGCGAAGGCGGUUAUGGAGAGAUAUGUCGCCUCUGCUAGGGUUUCCGACUCUUCGCAAGCGACUGGAAACGCGGCCGCCGCCGUUCGCGACCAUUCCUUUCUCCCGCGACCCCGAUUUUGUCGACCGUGGAGAUAUUCUCGACCAGAUCAACCGGAAGGAGGCCGAGAAGCUGUUUGUGCAUGUGAUGGAGACGAGCAAGGCGAAGCUCGGGGCCGAUCAUCCCGACACGCUGGCCGCCAUGGCCAACCUGGCAUCAACCUACAGGAACCAAGGCCGGUGGGACGAGGCCGAGAAGCUGUUUGUGCAGGUGAUGGAGACGAGCAAGGCGAAGCUCGGGGCCGAUCAUCCCUCGACGUUGACGAGCAUGGCCAACCUGGCUGCAAUAGCACGUCUAGGAGACGAGAAUGGGGAUGUUAG